UGAGGGACACAGGCUGAAUGAAUGACUGAGUGAUAGUUACUCACUAGUCAGUAACUGUAUGUAGAUAGUUGUCAAAAGGGUGGUACACUGUUAUUGUGGUUGGUUAUAUAGUUUGUUUCAAAGUGUUUUAGUUAAUUGCUAGGAUAUAAUGUCAUCACUCUCUUUACCUAGAGUUUUACAACAGAGGAAGUCGAGUUUAGAAAUCGAACGUGAACAUUUUGAAAAGUUUCAGUCAGCCAGCAUUGGAAAAGCGAUCAACCAACAUGAGUCACCUGUUAAGGAAAAACACAUCCGUAGUGCCAUACUCGGUACGUUCCACGAGAAGUGUGCCGAGACCUUCUGGAAGUGCGUGCUCCAGCUGCCGAUACUGGACAACCGCAUCGUGGCCUGGAAGUUCUGCCAUGUGCUGCACAAGGUGCUGCGUGAAGGCCACCCUCAGGUCAUCAGUAACUCAUUGCUCUACCGCAGCAAGAUCGAGGAUUUGGGCAAAUUAUGGGGUCAUCUGCGAGAGGGCUACGGGAAGCUGAUACAGCAUUACUGCCAACUGUUGUGUGCCAAACUAGACUUCCACCACCGCAACCCGAGGUUCCCGGGCAACCUGAACCUGAGCAAGGACGAGCUGGAGAGUAUUGGUGACAAUGACAUCAACAAUUACUUUCAAAUGAGCGUAGAGAUGUUCGACUACAUGGAUGAGAUUUUGGCUCUCCAGUCAGCCAUUUUUGGAUCACUAGAUAUGUCCCGAUCCAACUCCAUGACCAGUUCGGGUCAGUGUCGGCUUGCUCCACUCAUCCCAGUCAUACAGGACUCCUCACAGCUUUAUGACUUUGGAGUCAAGAUCCUGUUCCGGCUCCAUGCCUCACUACCCCCUGAUGUCCUUACAGGUCAUCGACAGAGGUUCCUCAAUCAGUUCCGAGAACUGCGUAAGUUCUACAUCGCCGCCUCCACGCUGCAGUACUUCAGGAAUCUAAUACAGAUCCCCACACUUCCUGAGAACCCGCCUAACUUCCUGGUCCAAGCCGAACUGCGGAGCUAUGUGACGCCAGUGGUGAUACUACCAGAGGAACCCCCGGACUCGGAACCCAUCCUCACCCCUGACUCUGGUGCUACAGCUGAUCUGGUGGAUAUCGGCAGCACUCACACCAACGGCUCCGUCUCACCUGAUGUCCUCGCCGAGAGGGAUAACCUCAUAGAACACCUACAGAGUGAGCUGAGUCGGUUACGGAAUGAGACUCAGCGGCUUAUUAUGCAACAUCAGCAGACUGUGUUGCAGCUGCGGGAGAGAGUGGCUGCACUGGAGACUGACUUGGCCACGAAGGACAGUGAAUUGGAACAAGAGAGGAUACAGAAGGAGGAACUGCUCCAGCUGACUGAUGUUGCAGCCAAGUUCCAUGAAGCCGACAAAAAAGCAAAGACUGUUGAAGAAAAGUUCCAGAAGUUGAAGGAAGUUUAUUCGAAACUACGGGAUGAACAUAUACAGCUUAUACGACAGAAAGCAGGCGUGGACAAAGCACUCCGAGGUUCCGACAAGAUGACAAAGUUUGCGAGGGCAGCAAACACUCUUAUUAUGUCCAUCAAAGCGGACGUGGACAAACAGCUGGCGAAUGUAAGAAAUGUGGAAUUAGAAUCAGAAGAGAGGGAAAAAUCGCGGCUAGAGCAGGUUCUGGAACAGUUGGCAACCCUGCAGGCGACAGCAGAUACAGCUGCUGAACACAAUCAGGCGUUGACGAGUCGUGUGGAGUGGGUGAGCGCAGAGAAGGAGAAGCUGGAGAGUGAGCUGCAGGAUCUGCUCAGCCAGAAGGAAGAGCUGGAUAUACGACUGUUGGACUUCCAGGAUAAGCUGAGCAACUCUCAAAGCGAUCAGAAGCUGCUGUUCGAGAACGUGAUCACGGAGGCUGAGAACAUCAUGAGGCAGACAGUGAAUGAGCUCGGAAAUCCUGCAAUCUCUGUGCUUACGUGUUCACCAGGAUACCUUAGGAGCCUGGUGCCAGCACUGGAGAGCAGCAUCAAUGCAUUAGCUGCAGCCCCCAAAGUUGGCAACAUUGUACCAGUCACUCAUCUUACGUCACAAUUUGCAAUCUUGGGCAAAGCCACCUCGAACACUGCUCAUGACAUUGAGUUUGGAGACCGUAUGGCCGGAGUGUGCAGGGAGCUAGCGCAGGCAUGUCUGGAAGCUCUGAGCUCGGUGAGACAGGUCGGGAGCUGCCAGGUGGGUGAGCUGCGAGGUCGUGUUGCUGAGCUCUCAGAGCUAGCUGUCAGCCUGGACACGGAGUUGCAGGGUGGAACUACUGAACUCAUAGCGGACUCUCUUGAGGCCGAGCUCCAAUCCAUGGACAAGGCGAUAGAAGAGGCCGCUCGCAGAAUUGAGGAAAUGCUGACAAAGUCUCGGGCAGCAGACUCUGGCCUGAAGCUGGAAGUGAAUGAGAAGAUUCUGGACUCUUGCACGACACUCAUGGCGGCCAUCCGGGUGUUGGUGCAGAAGUCCAGACUGCUGCAAGCGGAAAUAGUGUCACAAGGGAAGGGAACAGCUUCGGCGAAGGAGUUCUACAAGCGGAACCAUCAAUGGACAGAAGGUCUCAUAUCCGCUGCCAAAGCAGUCGGCAUGGGAGCUAACUUUUUGUUGACUGCGGCUGAUGAGGUUGUGAGCGGAGGCGGGAAGCUGGAGCGGCUUGUGGUCGCAUCGCAGGGGAUUGCUGCCAGCACGGCUCAACUUGUCGUAGCCAGUCGGGUCAAGGCAAGCCGCAACUCUACCAACAUGAGUCAGCUGUCCUCAGCCAGCAAGGACGUCACUCAGGCCACAGCUGGAGUUGUCGCCACUGCCAAGUCCUGCAUGCAGCUUGUUGAGGACUCAGAGGAAUUGGAUGUAAGUGGACUGAGCCUGCACCAAGCCAAGCGACUGGAGAUGGAGGCACAGGUGAGGGUGCUGGAGCUGGAGUCUGACCUGGAGAAGGAGCGGUUGAGGCUGUCGGCUCUGCGAAGACACCACUACCAGUUGGCGGGGGAGACUGACGAGUCACCCACCCUCUGAGGUGACAGGAGUCUAUAUUUUCAAGCGAUUUAUUUGUCGCUGUUUACUCUUCGUUGCAAAUUGGCUGGCCAAAGCCUCUUCAAUCUAUUGUAUGUUAAUUGUAACUUUCAUGAGUCACUAGUAAUUUAUAACUUAUGCAUUUAUAUGCUUGUCAUAUUUCAUGAUCAAUAUCGAUUCUAAAUGCAUAUUUGUAAGUACAGUUCUAAUUUUAUAAGCAUGUGAGGUUGUGCUGUUCACGUAGAUGACAGAUUCGUUUGUCUUAAAUUUAUUUAAAAGAGAUUCGGAGAUUAAAAUUGUGGAAACUAAGACUGGUAGUGUUAAUUAUCGUUCAUAAACUACGAGUUGUUUUCUUUUUUAUGUGAAGAAGUACUGUAUUAAAAAGUUGAAACAUUAUUGAGUGAUGCAGUAAAAGUCACAACUUGAUAUUUUAUUUUAAUAAAUAUUAACUAUUCAAAGCGAUACUUUAAUGAUUUAUAUUACCAGUUGGUUUGUCUACGUUGUUUGUUGAUUUGUAGGUGGUUGUAGUAUUCCUUCUUAAUAAAGACUACUUAAUUCCUUA